CUCCCUCAGAGCUUACACGCGCAGAAAGCCUCGAUUCCUCACUCGCCUUCAACACCAAAGGUAUUCUGCAAGGAACAAAUUGGGUUGAGAUAGACCUUCGCUCCACAUCAUGGCCCCGCAGCGCUCUCGGCCGCUCUCCAAAGGUCUCUUUUCUCCGGCAUUCUCGAAGCUCAAAACGUCCAUCUACAUUGACAACCUCCGGCCCGGAGUUCCAGUAUCCUCCUCCCACUACAUACGCACAUUAUCCUGGAACUCUACGGGCACGUUCAUCGCGACAGGCGCCGCAGACAAGACGUUGCGGAUAUGGAACCCCGAAAAGACGAAUGUCAAGAAUUCCACCGAGCUGCGCACACCCGGAGCACCGGCGACGGUAUCCCUCGAGCGCGUCGCAUUUCAUCCGAUCAACGAGAAUGAGCUGGCGAGCUGCAGUACUGACGGAAUGGUCCGGUUCUGGGACGUGAGAUCGAAGGCCAGCGUGGGGGAGGUCAGGGUCGGCGAGCAGCCUUUCGUGCUGGCUUGGACGCCGGAUGGGAAUGAGAUUGUGGCUGGGCGCAAGGACAACGUCAUCGUGCAAAUCGACCGCGUCGCCCUCAAAACUGUCUCGGAACACCGUCAAGCGGUUCAAACGAAUCAAUGCAUUAUCGACUGGUCCGGCGACCACCUCUACCUCACCAACGGCGACGGCUACAUCAAGAUCCUGCGCUAUCCGUCCUUUGAGACCGCGCUCACGCUCAAUGCGCAUACCUCUUCGUGCUACGCCGUCACCAUGUCGCCGAGCGGAGAAUACAUAGCAGCGGGCGGAGGUGAUGCUUUGGUAUCGGUGUGGGACACGCAGGAGUGGAUUUGCGUGCGCACAUUGGACCUCACGUUCUACCCUGUGAAGAGCGUGGAUUUCUCGUUCGACGGGAGCUACAUCACGGCCGGGUCUGAGGAGAAGGACGAGAAGAAGCUACAUAUUGCGCAUGUGGAGAGCGGAGAGAUUGUGCAUUCAAUUGAUCUCACGCAGGCGGCGGCGCAUGUGGCGUGGCAUCCGUGUCGGUAUGUGCUGGCAUAUUCGGCGGAUAGCCAGGGACUGAAGAUUACUCAGACUCACUCCCACGCUAUCUAUACCGUUCUUCCAACGAAAACCCCUAAUCCUCAACCCGCGGCAAUCUCCGACAAAAUGAACAUGGACGUCCAGGCUCUUCUUAAUACCGCGCACCUUUUCUCUGCGCGCCAACUGGUGGUGGUCAUCACCGGCGGCGGAAGUGGAAUCGGCCUGGCUAUAGCAGCCGCACUCUACCAGAACGGCGCAUCGCGCAUCUAUCUCCUCGGUCGCCGCGCAAACGUCCUGCAAGACGCGAUCAAGACCCUCGAGUCCUCCACCGACGCACCGCAUGCCGUGCCCUGCACAUUGACCGCUAUAUCCUGCGAUAUCACCGAUCAAUCGUCCGUGUCGGCCGCUGCCUCACAAGUCGCUAAAGAAGCAGGAUAUGUAGACGUGCUCGUCAACAAUGCCGGCGUCACGGGCCCUCAGAACGGGCUACAGCUAUACCAAGCGGAGUCGAUCGAGCAACUGCGGGACACUAUGCUGAAGGACUGGGAAGGCUGGCCCGCUGCGAUGGCCAUCAACACGCAAUCCGUCAUCGGCGUCAGCGCAGCCUUCCUCCCGCUGCUCGAAGCUGCGAACACACGUCGUGGUUGGGCGUCGGGCAAGGUCACCGGCUCCGGAAACCCGCGCCAGCAGGAUAAAUCGAAGCUCGAGGAGAUCGGCGCAGACCUGGAUGACGACCGCAUGGCGCACAUCAUUACCAUCGCCAGCGUGGCCUCGUUCAUGCGCAAGAGCACCGCUGGGCUUGCAUACAAUGCGAGCAAGUCCGCAGCCGCGCAUCUCGGCAAGAUGAUGAGUAGCUUCCUAAGCGAGUGGGGUAUUCGGAGUAACGUCGUGUGUCCGGGGCCGUAUCCGAGUGACAUGACGGCGGGGGCUGAUGGGAAAUAUGGCACAAACGAGGUGCCUCAGGGCAGGAUGGGCAACCUCAAUGAUAUCGCGGGACUGAUGCUGUUCCUGGUGGGCAAGGGAGGCGCGUAUAUUUCCGGUACGGUGCAAGUAACGGAUGGUGGAAGGUUGAGCGUGUUUCCGAGCACGUAUUGAAGACAUGACGGGAUCUAAUUUGACACUGACUGGAAUAUAACUGGGCCGCACUCAGUCCGUCGAAGCCAUUCGGGCGGGUAUUUCUAGAGCUCUUCGGCGUGCAUUAGAGGCUGAAUGAUUUGGUCUACUGCGGCAUGCGCAAAUAUGGCUUGUUUACGCUAUCAGAUCUACUCUUUGCCGUAUAUGUACUGAGUCUAUGAUCCUACCAACAGGCUAACAAAGUAUAUCCUCG